UUCUUGCAGAACGUGUUCUUUGGAGUAGGAGGAGCAGUUUUCUCAUGUGUAGGUGAUUGGACAUCGGCCAAACAACGAGGCCUUUUAUGCCUCACUGUAUCUAUCCUGAUCAUGAACAUCGUAAAUUUAAUCAUAUUGGAAAUCGGAGAAUGGAGAUACCUAACACCUGAAUCGGUCAAAGAUAGCAUGUCAAGAGAAGGAUUGGAAACGUUAAUUUUAUAUGCUCGUUACACUACCAGUAUAAGCACAUUAGUAGCCAUAAUCGGCGCAUUUUUCGAUUCGCAGAUAACGUUUUGUUGUAUGCUACGUGUGGAUAAAACACAACAGAAUGCAGAACCAGAUAACAAUUCAGAUGUCGAUUACAUUAUGCCAAGGUACGAGUGCCUGGAAAAGCUGACCGAACCGUCCGUGUACCGAUCCCGCUUGAACACAGCCCUGUCGGCCAGCAUCCAGGAGGCCAUCGCAUCUAGUGACCGACCACCCCGGAGCCUGUCGCCUAGGCCACCACCCGCCGCCGAGCCUGUCCAGUACGCAUCGCUGAUGGAGGAGUUGCAGAAGACCAUCGGCAACAGACUCUCCAAACACGUUGAAUCGCCCGAAGAGAGGUGA